ACCGUCCCUAAACCCCUCCUUUCCCGAAACCGAAAAAGAAAAAUUCAAACACUGUGCCGCUCUCGACUGCGACGGCGUUAAUUGGUAGCUGCUUGGUUUCUUGAAAUUCUUCUUCGAUCUCUCUGUUUCUUUCACACAAUGGUUUAUAUUACUUCGUGGGACGAGUUCGUUGACCGAUCAGUACAGUUGUUCCGUGCCGAUCCUGAAUCUACGCGCUAUGUCAUGAAGUACAGGCAUUGUGAUGGUAAAUUGGUUCUCAAGGUCACUGAUAACAAAGAGUGUCUCAAGUUUAAGACAGACCAAGCACAGGAUGCUAAGAAGAUGGAAAAGCUAAACAAUUUAUUCUUCACUUUGAUGGCUCGGGGCCCCAACGUGGAUCUGUCAGAAAUUGCAGGCAAAGAACAGAUAGACGCGCAACCACCAAAAAAGGGAAGGGGAAGAAAACAAUAACUUGGUUAUUAAACUAUUAGGUAAUCACUUGGCUAUUCUUCUCUUCCUAAAGCCAACGUUGUCCAGAUGCCUGUAUUGCAGGUUUAACCCCCCCAUACUUGUGGAUCUUUUGAGAAAAGAAAGUUUUCCUUGUUAAUCAUCCAAAGUCAAGUUUUCCACCUGGAAUUUGAGACAUCCUUGUUUCAUGUGUUUUCUCUGGUCUUGCUGGGAUAUAUUCUGUUUUUACAGGGUUUUUUGGUUUAUUAUUUUGUGUUUUCUCUGUUCUGUUAGUAAAUGGUAACGCUAUCUCUUUGUGGAGGUUUAUUCACAAACUGAACGGAUGCUGGCCUGGUACAUUUGAAAAAACAAUUAGGCAGGUUUUUAAUUUCUCGGUGUAGGUUAUCCAGCAAGGUGGUAGAUAGAAAUCAAGUCCAGAUGAACGAGGAAUAUUCACAUUAGGGAUAUUGCAGUUAAUUAGGUUCAAUCUGCAUUUGAUUCUUAUUCUAUUUUUUCACUCAUACUGAACUGAUCUUAACGUGUAGAAUGGCGUGAUGAUUUUUAUGUUCAAUUUACGUAAAGUAGCAAUUAAAUAA